CGUGUCCCUCCUGGGCCAGCCGCAGCCCCUCACCCACGAGCAAUGGAGGAGCUCUUUCAUGCGGCGGAACCGAGACCCGCAGCUCAAUGAGCGGGUGCACCGCGUGCGGGCGCUGCAGAGCACGCUCAAGGGUGGCGGAGGUGCAGAGAGCAGGACCACUUGGAAUGAGGUUUCUUUGAGGACUGGGGGGAGACUGAGGACGUAUGGCGUAUAACCAAAGUACCUGGUGGCAGCAUGAGACCAACACCACCAAUAUCAAGCCUUUGAACUGCUUGAGGGCCCCUCACAAGCCCUAUGUUCGGCUGGAGGAGCAAGUGCUCAUCAACCGCCGAGACUUCACAAGCAGGAAGGAUACCUGGGACAUGCAGGAGUUCAUCACUCGCAUGUAUGUCAAGCAGCUGCUCCGACACCCGGCCUUCCAGCUGCUGCUGGCCACGCUGCUGGUGGUCAAUGCCAUCACCAUCGCUCUCCGCACCAACUCCGCCCUUGGCCAGAAACACUAUGAGUUGUUCUCUACCAUAGAUGACAUUGUGCUGACCAUCCUUAUCUGUGAGCUUCUCCUCGGCUGGUUAAAUGGCUUCUGGAUUUUCUGGAAGGACUGCUGGAACAUCCUCAACUUCCUUAUCAUCUUUAUCUUGCUCCUGGGGUUCUUCGUUAGUGAACUCCAAGUCAUCUCUAUUACCUACACCCUCAGGGCCCUUCGUCUGGUACAUGUGUGCAUGGCGGUGGAGCCCCUGGCCCGGAUCAUCCGCGUCAUCCUGCAGUCGGUGCCUGACAUGGCCAAUAUCAUGACCCUCAUCCUCUUCUUCAUGCUGGUAUUCUCUGUAUUUGGGGUCACGCUCUUUGGUGCAUUCGUGCCCAUGCAUUUCCAGAAUAUGCAGGUUGCCCUGUACACACUCUUCAUCUGCAUCACCCAGGAUGGCUGGGUGGACAUCUACAAUGACUUUCAGAUGGAGACAAGGGAUUACGCAAUGGAGAUUGGGGGCGCCAUCUACUUUGCCAUCUUCAUCACCAUCGGCGCCUUCAUUGGCAUCAACUUGUUGGUCGUCGUGGUGACCACCAAUCUGGAGCAAAUGAUGAAGGCAGGAGAGCAGGGGCAAUAUCAUCAAAUAGCCUUCAGUGAGACAGGCGACGACGAAGGAGCCGGGAGUAACGAGCUGCCACUGGUGCACUGUGUGGUCGCCCGUUCGGAGAUGUCUGGUGUCCCCCAGGAGCCGUUUAUGGUGGGCCCCCCGUUGAACCUCUCGGAAAACACAUGCGACAACUUCUGCUUGGUGCUCGAGGCAAUACAGGAGAACCUGGCGCAGUACAAGGAGAUCCGAAAUGAGCUCAACACGUAGGGCGGGUACUGGGGUUACCCCGAGUCUCGUGAGUCAGGGCUGAGUGGAGCCUCAGAUUCUUCCGGCCUCAGGCCCUCACCAUUUUAUAAGGCCAACCUUGGGGCCCGGAGAGGUUAAGUGACUUGCCCAGGUGUCCCCAGCGGACGGUGGAGGAGCUGGGAUCCUGACCUCCUGGUUCCUCCCAUCUCACAAGAGCCUCGAGCUUCCGCCUGGGUCUCCAUCAGAGUAAAGGGAGUGGGCAAAGCGGGGUGGUCACUAGGGAAGAGAUGGGAGGGCGGCCCCCAACCCCCACCGUCGGAACGUACUCACCCCACCGCCCUCAGGAUAGUGGACGAGGUACGCUCCAUCCGCUUCAACCAGGAGCAGGAGGAGGAGCUGAUGCACAAGCACUUGUCGUGGAGAAUGUCGUUGGAGAGUAAGUCCUCCAUGGACACCCGUGAGAUGACUUGCCAGCAAGACCUGAUCACCGCGCUCAUCAACAGGGAAAAGGUUCAGGAAUCCAACACAAAUGUUCUCCUUAAACACAAGGCCAGCCGCUGAGAGGGCAGGACAGGAGCCAACAGGAAUAAGCAAACACACCCAGCCACUGCAUCUUCCUGCAUCACUAGCACGACUUGGCACAUCCUGGCCUGAGCCUGUCCUCUCCCUUACACCUGGGCAGAUGCCUGGGGACAUGAAGGGGUGGCAUCUCUAGAGCUUGUGCUUGUGUGGCCCAGGUCCAGAGGAGCCAGGAUGGAGAAGGAUGCUGGAUGAGAGUAGGAGCCCUAUAGAAAGGUUGAGGAAAGAAUGGGGUGCUGGCCAAGGCAGCCAGGACUUAUCCUAAGGGUGGGCAUCCCUGGUCCCCUGCUAGACCAGAGCUAGACGGGGUCUAAGUGGGUCCGAGCACCAAGAGGAGGAAGGUGAGGCCAGGAAACUGUAUUGACAAUAAACUUUUGUGUUGGGAUUAA